AUGAGGGUACUAUUACACGACACCCAGAUGAACCUGGAGAAAUUCUCUGGUCACGUCGAGGCUCUGAUCUCAAACGUGAAAGAAACAAGCCAGGAACUCAGGAAAACGAGUUCUACGUUUGAACAGGAACACGAUAAGCUCUUAGGCGACAUUAUAGAUCUAGUUAACAGGAGUCAGAAACAGCUGCAGAGCUCAAUUGGAAGUCCAGCUCAGAGCGCAGCGCUGGAUGCGUUUAUGAACAAAGUCGAGCUGAGGCUUGAGAGCCUUGAUCAGCGCUUGGAUGCGAUGCAAGCGUUCAACCAAACCCAUUCGCAAGCGCUUCAGACCCAGAUUCAGGCAAUUCAGAACCUACAGGCCCAGCAGAACCUCAUUCUGAACGCCGUGACACCCUUGCUUCCUCUCUUGCAGUCACUGCCUCCUCGGCUCGCACCAUCGACGUCCCUGGCGAAUCCUUCUCAAACCCAGAGAACGGAUGCUUCAUCUCAGACCAUCAUCGAGAAACGCCAACCGUCCUAUCAUCAAGAAACGUUGCGAAAACGACAACGCGUCGAUUCCGAUAUCCAGGAAAUAUCCCCGCCCAAGCCACUCCCAGGUUCUGCUCAGAAGAAACGACGCAUAGAGUCACCAAGGAGCGUUCAGAAGCCUUCGUUAGAGCUUACGCAGCGCCUUUUUCCCAGUUCAUCUCCGGACCUCAUCAAGUAUUCGACAGAUUCUGAAGGUCCUUCCACCAAACCCCAGGUGAACGAAAGGUCUGCGCCACUUGUCACACCCCGACGCCCUCUCCAAGAUUUGUUCCCGUUCCCGCCAGGCUCCAAUCAGCGCUCGGUAUCGAAGAGACCCAUGCCACCUUCGUCCACCCGCCUCGUGGGCCCUGGGAAAUCAGCAACACCAGGACCCUCAAGGGUAGGAGCAGAAGAAUCGAGGGCCGCAUUGGCACGACGACCUUUAAUCAAACCCCUUGCCAUCGCCCCGCUCGCUUUCUCCUCCACUUCCAAGACUCCGGUGCAUAUAUCCAACUUUACACCCAAGCCUGUUACACCUUCUCUAAGAAACGCGGUUGCUGGAGAAGGGAGGGCGCUCAAAAUUGCUCAGACCCCGCAAGUCUUGAAAAAUGAACGUAUGACUUCGCAAGCUGCGAAGAAUACGACCAUGCCUCCCCCGGCGGGUAUGGUGUCUCUGAGCCGUAGCUCGACCAUCACAACAGCAACGGCAACAAAGCCCACGAGCAAUACACCACGUUUUGGGCCAGAAGCUAAUAAGCCGCUGCUCCUUCGCGCACCAACCAACAACGGUCCCCGUCCUCUCCAGGAACGAAUGAAGGAACCUGUUCGCGAAGGAAGACGCUUCAUCCCGUUGGUGGAUACAGAUGAUGAAGACGAUAGCGACUGA